AUGCCCAUUUCCAACGGCGACGCCAUGGCCAACAAUGCCACUAAUGCCCUGGACUACACCAAGGCCCUCGAGGUCCUCAAGAACGAGUACCCUGAGCGUGAUGGCAUUGACGUCAAGACCCUUGUAGAUUCCAAGAAGAAUGGUGGUCUGACUUACAAUGACUUCCUCAUGCUGCCUGGAUACAUUGGUUUCCCUGCCUCCGAAGUCACCCUCGACACACCAAUCACCAAGCGCAUCACCCUCAAGACUCCUUUCGUCUCAUCGCCCAUGGACACCGUCACCGAACACAACAUGGCUAUCCACAUUGCUCUGCUUGGAGGUCUGGGUAUAAUCCACCACAACUGCUCGCAAGAGGACCAGGCCGAGAUGGUCCGCAAAGUCAAACGCUACGAGAACGGCUUCAUCCUCGACCCCGUCGUCAUCUCCCCUACCACCACGGUCGCUGAAGCCAAGGCGCUCAAGGAGAAAUGGGGUUUUGGCGGCUUUCCAGUCACUGAGAACGGCACGCUUCGCUCCAAGCUCGUCGGUAUCAUCACUCCGCGUGAUAUCCAGUUCCAUGACAAGUUGGACGACCCAGUCACUGCGGUCAUGUCUACCGACCUCGUCACCGCCCGCCACGGCGUUGAGCUCAAGGAGGCCAAUGACAUCCUGAACAAGUCCAAGAAGGGCAAGCUGCCAAUCGUUGACGAGUCAGGGAAUCUCAUUGCGCUCCUGUCACGUUCCGAUUUGAUGAAAAACCUCAACUACCCACUGGCUUCCAAGCUCCCACAUUCGAAGCAGCUCAUCGCCGCUGCGGCUAUCGGCACCCGCGCUGAGGACAAGGACCGUCUGCAGAAGCUUGUCGAUGCUGGUCUCGACAUUGUCGUCCUUGACAGCAGCCAAGGCCACAGCAUGUACCAGGUUGACAUGAUCAAGUACGUCAAGGAGACCUACCCCCAGCUCGAUGUAAUUGGUGGAAACGUCGUCACCCGCGAGCAGGCCGCUGCUCUGAUUGCUGCUGGUGUUGAUGGCCUUCGUAUUGGCAUGGGUAGCGGAAGUGCUUGCAUCACCCAGGAGGUUAUGGCGGUUGGAAGACCCCAAGCCACUUCGGUUUACAACGUGACAUCAUUUGCCAAACGUUUCGGAGUACCCUGUAUCGCAGACGGUGGGAUCCAAAAUGUUGGACACAUUGUCAAGGGUCUGGCUAUGGGAGCCUCCGCCGUGAUGAUGGGUGGUCUUCUUGCCGGUACCACCGAGUCUCCUGGUGACUACUUUGUCAGCCGUGAUGGCCAACUCGUCAAGGCUUACCGUGGUAUGGGAAGUAUUGCUGCCAUGGAAGACAAGAAGGCGGGGGCUGGCGGUAAGGACGCCAAGGCCAGCAACGCCGGUACAGCUCGUUAUUUCUCUGAGGGCGACCGCGUUCUAGUUGCUCAAGGUGUCUCUGGCUCUGUCCAGGACCGUGGCUCCAUCACGAAGUUUGUUCCUUACUUGAUGGCUGGUGUCCAGCACUCUCUGCAAGACAUUGGCAUCAAGAGCCUCGCAGCGCUGCACGAAGGUGUAGCCAAUGGAACCGUCCGGUUUGAACUCCGUACUGCCAGCGCACAGGCUGAGGGCAACGUACACGGUCUGCACAGCUUUGAGAAGAAGCUCUACUCUUAA